AGAAAUGAAAAAAAAAGAAGAGGAUACAAGCUGCAUACUCAGGACGGUUGGGACAUGGGCAUGGCGGGCAGCUCUUCUUGCUACAGAGUAAGGCGUGUUCAAUAAAUCUUUUACCCAGGAUACUGCAGACAACUGGUUCCAAAGUUCAAGGGUAAGAAUUACCUGGAACACAGAGUGGAGUGGGGAGCCAGAAGAGGACGAGUAAAAGAGAAGUGUCAAGGUGAUUCAUUUGAGAAAUUAUAAAGAAAUCAGUCAUUGGUGUCGACAGGAAUAAACACAAACAAGACAAAAUAUGGCCGACAGCACGAGUCCAAAAAGCAACUCUGGUGACUUUGCUAAAAAAGUCCAGCGACAGCUGAGCAGGAGCAAAGAGAAGGUGCUGCAAAGGCUGGGAAAGACUGUGGAGACCAGAGACGACCAGUUUGAAGUCUUUCUGCAGCAGUUUAAUGACCAGCAGACUGAUGGGAACCGGAUGUACAAGGACCUGAGGAACUACAUCAACGCAGUCAGAGACAUGCGUGAAGCGUCGAGGCGCCUUUCCCAGUCUCUGUUUGACGCCUAUGAAAGCGACUGGGCCGGCGAGGAAGACUUGGGAGCCAUUGUGGAGGGGGAGGAUCUCCUGUGGAAUGACUACGAGGUGAAGCUAUUAGACCAGGCCGUACGCACCAUGGAGUCCUAUGUGAGCCAAUUCCCAGAUGUCAGGGAGAAAGUUGCCAAGAGGGGAAGAAAACUAGUUGACUACGACUCUUCCCGUCACCACCUGGAGGCACUGCAGACUGCCAAGAAGAAGGAUGAUAUCAAGAUAAACAAGGCAGAGGAAGAGGUGAAUUAUACUAAAAGUGUCUAUGAAGGCAUCAACAAUGAGCUAAAAGAGGAGCUGCCUCUGCUCUAUGACAGCCGCAUUGGAUGCUACGUGGCUGUCUUCUCAGCCAUGUCAAAUUUACGAGACAUCUUCUAUAAAGAAAUGAGCACGCUCAAUCGUGAUCUGCAGAGUGUGGUAAAGGAGCUGCAGGCUCAGCACCCAGACAAAGUGUUUGCUGUGAGGGGAGUUCAACCCUAUGGCUCCCUGAGGAGACGAACUCUGAUGUCCCCCAGAGCCUGGAAAGCCAGCUUUUCUGAGUUUCACAAGAGCUACAAUCCUAAACCCAGCCAGAGGUUUAGCCUCAGGUCCCCAGACAAACCUCGCCGCGGUACUCUGUCCAGGGAGAGCAGCACCCUUGCAGUCUCCUUGCAGUCGCCAACUCUGGAGACCCCCGAGCCCAGCGAGCUGGACGCCGAGUCGAGCCACAGUGAGACCAGCAGCUCUCUCGCGCGAGAGGACGGUGCGGUGGGGAUGGAUGGAAACAAACUGAAGACAGGAGAAGACAGCAGUGAGGUGGAAGAAGGGAAGGGCGUGAAAGAAGAGGAGUCAGAACCAAAGCCUCCAGCAGAGUCUGACAAGGGAGACGGUGAGAAAGGUCCUGGAAGUGAGAGCAGCUCUGAACUGAACAACUCAUGUGAUUCAGAGAGUUUGGAUCUCCAGCUGUCUGCUGCAGACAACAGCCCACUGCACAUCGAAGAAAGAGAAGACAGUCCAGUUACCGUCAGCUCUCCUAAAUCUAAUGGACUGAAGAAUGGUGAAGUUUCUGGGUUUAACUCUGACACUAAGGAUGCUCCUGCAGACAAACAGGCGUCCCUGGACUCCAAAAGCACAGAUGUUUAAAGUUUUCACACUUUAACAUAAGAUCUGUGUUUGCCAGAGCAGAAUAGCACAGAGGAGAUUGAAGUCAACAGCUGCACAAGAGAAAAAAUGUGGAGACAGUCACACUCAAACGUCCAACUGGUGUCAUGAAAGAUGUUCUGUGCGUUGACUUGUUGCUGUUAGUUUUCUUAUUUAUCUUUUAUUGAAAUCAAUUGUAAAUACAGUGUCUUUUUUUGUAACAGCUUGGUUUCAUUUUUGAAAAGUAUCCUCACCCAUUACAUUAUAUCCUGUACCUGACAGGUACAUUUUAAAUUCAGAGCAGUUAUUUUUUGUGUCCAUGCACGAUUAGGUUUACAUUGUUAGAAAACUUACCAGCUGACUACAACAUGGUCACUGUACAAAGAUGUACUGUGCUGUGGUCUCAGUUUCAUGAGGAACAGAGCUAAACUCCAGGCUCAUGUUGCCACUGACCAGAGGACUAAGACUAAACAGAAGUUUCUGUGAUUUUCUUGUAUUUUCUUUUCACUUUUUUGAAUGUAUUUUUUAUUUUAUCCAGUUUUCAUGGCAGGGAUUCACUUAAACUUCAUUUUCCAUUUUAUUUUGAAUUAAAUACUCGAUCUUCUCUACUCACAAAAUGGGAAUCUAUUAAAUCAUCAUCUCCUUUCACUCAAGUUAUUAGUCAACAGUUUAUUUAAUUUCAGUUCUUUGACAGAUAUGCACAUCUACAGAAAAGAUACAUGGGAAUUAUUUUGAAAUUUGUACACAAAAAUAAUAAAAACGCAUUUGAUUAAAACUUAA